AAACACAUAAAUAAUCCAAGUUGAUAUUAUUUAAUCUUCUUCUAUACUCCUUAAUCUUCAAUUAUCCUGCAAUACUUUUUCUUCAUUUAUAAAAAAAAAAAAAAAAUGCAUACUUUAUAAAUUAUAUAAUCAACUUUCAUCUUUUAUUAAUCUCUUAAUAUAUAUAGUAUUAUUUUGGUUAAUAUAUUCAGUCUUUUUCCUUAACAUUCUCAAGUUCAGAAAUCUUUCUUGUAAUUCUGUUCAUUUUCCAGAAGUUCAGAGAUUACUAUUGGUUUGUUGCAGGUUGGUUGAGAUAUUAUGGCGAAGAUACUAUUACAUGGUAAUCUUCAUGUUACCAUUUACGAGGCGACUCGAUUGUUUGGUGGUGGUGGUGGCAGAUUUCUCCACAAGGUGGUAGAAGGCCUUGAAAAUGUGAUAGGAAAAGGUUCAGGGAGACUUUAUGCCUCAGUCGAUAUAGAAGGAGCAAGAGUUGGCCGAACAAGGCUUAUAGAAAAUGAUCCAAACCCCCGAUGGUAUGAACAAUUCCACAUCUACUGUGGGCAUAUGGCUUCUGAUGUUGUCUUUACUUUGAAAGAAGAUGAAGCCAUAGGAGCUACCCUUCUUGGAAGAGCUUAUCUCCCUGUUACCGACAUCUUAGGUGGAGAUGAGGUUGACGUAUGGCUUGAUAUCCUUGACAAGAAUCGCAAACCCAUACACAAAGGGGCUAAAGUCCAUGUCAAAGUUCAAUUCUUUGAUGUUACUAGAGAUUUGAAUUGGGAUAAAGGGAUUAAAACACCCAAAUUCCCUGGGGUACCCUACACUUAUUUUACUCAAAGGAACCAAUGCAAGGUUACCCUUUAUCAGGAUGCCCAUGUUCCUGACAAUUUUGUCCCUAGGAUCCCUCUCGCGGGUGGAAACUACUAUGAGCCACAUCGUUGUUGGGAAGACAUCUUUGAUGCUAUUACUAAUGCCAGGCAUUUGAUUUACAUAGCAGGGUGGUCAGUUUACACUUCGAUCACCUUAAUAAGGGAUACUAGGAGGCCAAAACCUGGUGGAGAUAUGACCUUAGGCGAUCUCCUUAAGAAGAAAGCAAUGGAAGGGGUGAGAGUUUUGAUGCUCGUUUGGGAUGAUAGGACAUCAGUAAAAGGGUUGAAUGAAGACGGACUGAUGGCCACCCAUGAUCAAGAGACAGCAAACUUUUUCUCAGGUACUGAAGUGCACUGUGUAUUAUGCCCUCGAAACCCUGAUAAUGGGAGGAGUUUCAUUCAGAACAUAGAGAUUGGCACCAUGUUCACCCACCACCAAAAGAUUGUUGCUGUUGAUACUGCAUUGCCUACUGGAAACCCUGAUAAGAGAAGAAUCAUGAGCUUUGUUGGAGGUAUAGAUCUUUGUGAUGGGCGCUAUGACACUCAAUUUCACUCCCUCUUUAGGACUCUUGCAACUGCACACCAUGAUGAUUUUCAUCAGGCCAACUUCAAUGGUGCCUCAAUCAAUAAAGGUGGGCCUCGAGAGCCAUGGCAUGACAUUCAUUGCAAGCUAGAGGGGCCUGCUGCUUGGGAUGUCCUCUAUAAUUUUGAGCAAAGAUGGAGGAAGCAAGGUACUAAGGAUCUUCUACUUGACCUCCGAGGAAUGAGCUCAACAUUCAUUCCUCCAUCUCCUGUAACAUACCCUAAUGAUCCGGAAACUUGGAAUGUUCAAGUCUUUCGUUCCAUAGAUGGUGGGGCUGCCUUUGGCUUCCCAGAUAAACCUGAAGAUGCUGCAAAAGCAGGGCUUAUAAGUGGAAAAGACAACAUCAUUGAUCGAAGCAUUCAGGAUGCUUAUAUCAAUGCUAUCCGAAGGGCAAAGAGGUUUAUAUACAUCGAAAAUCAGUACUUCCUAGGUAGUUCAUUUGGUUGGAAAGCUACAGACAUAACUCCUGCUGCUAUUGAAGCCCUGAAUCUCAUCCCUAAAGAACUGUCCUUAAAGAUUGUUAGUAAGAUUGAAAAGGGGGAGAGAUUUACUGUUUACGUCGUUUUGCCUAUGUGGCCUGAAGGUUUUCCUGAGAGCGGUUCUGUUCAGGCUAUACUUGACUGGCAGAGGAGGACUAUGGAAAUGAUGUAUACUGAUGUGAUUCAGGCACUUCGAGCUCACGGGGUCCAAGCUAACCCCAGGGAAUACCUGUCAUUCUUUUGUCUAGGUAAUCGCGAGGUGAAGAAGCCUGGGGAAUACGAGCCUUCAGAGAGUCCGGAACCUGAUACUGAUUAUAGCCGAGCACAGGCUGCUAGAAGGUUCAUGAUCUAUGUUCAUGCUAAGAUGAUGAUAGUUGAUGAUGAGUACAUAAUCGUUGGUUCUGCCAACAUAAACGAGAGGUCUAUGAAUGGAGCCAGGGACUCAGAGAUAGCCAUGGGAGCCUACCAACCAUACCAUAUUGCCCACAGAAAUCAGCCUGCAAGAGGCCAAGUUCAUGGCUUCCGGAUGUCAUUAUGGUACGAGCAUUUAGGCAAGCUCGAUGAUGUGUUCCUCGAGCCUGAGAGUGUAGAAUGUGUAAGGAAGGUGAACCAGACCGCGGAUAAGUAUUGGGAUCUAUACACUUCCGAGACCUUAGAACAUGAUCUUCCUGGACAUUUGCUUAGGUAUCCUAUCUCAGUAACCGAAGAAGGAGAGGUUGUUGAGCUUCCUGGAUGGCAGUGUUUCCCUGAUACAAAAGCUAAAGUUCUUGGGGCUAAAGGUGAGCUUCCUCCAAUCCUCACCACUUAACCAAGAGGCUUAUGAAGUUAUGAUAAUACCAAGUAUGUUUUACUUGUUUCUUACAGUAUACUAUUGUUGCAAUGUAAAGUUUAGACAAGGGUUUAUUUGUGGAUAUUUGGUGAGAAUUUUUAUUUUUGUAAUAAGGUAAGAAAAAGUGAAACAUUAAGGAUCUCUUCUCACGAGGAGAACUCCUAAAUUUAUUCGGAUGAGAAUAGUGUUGUGUUGUGUAAAAUUAUAUUUGCUUAUGUAUGAUCUUAUAUUGUUUUAAAUAAAUACUUUGUGGUAUAGACCAUAGAGGUAAUUUACAUUUGA